AUGGACCGCAUCAGUGCCCUCCCGGACGACCUCCUCCGCGAUGUGGUCUCCCACCUCCCCAUCCGCGAUGGGGCGCGGACCGCCGCACUCGCCUCGCACUGGCGCGGCCUCUGGCGCUCAGCCCCGCUCGUCCUCCGCCUCCCGCCCGCCGAGCUCGAGCCUGAGCGCGCUGCCGCCACUGUCGGGCCGAUGAAUAGACCCCCCCCACCCCCCGCUGUCAGGCGCGUCCUCGCCGACCACCCGGGCCCCUUCCGCGCGGUCCACCUCACCCACUUCUCGAUGGCUUCCCUCAAGCGCGAGCUCGACCUCGCGGAGUGGGCAUGCCUCCUCGCUGACAAGGGCGUGCAGGACCUUGCCCUGCUCAACGAUUACGCCCAUAUAAGAGGACGUCGCCUCCCUGCCGACAUCCUCCACUGCGCCUCGCUCUGCCGCCUCUUCCUCCUCUCCUGGACGUUCCCGGAUACCGCCGGCGCCGAGGUCUCCCCCCACCUCAAGGAACUCCGCAUGUUCGGCACCGACGUGAGUGACGGGUACGUCGACCAUAUGCUUGCAUGUAGCCCCGAGCUGGAGGCCCUCUCACUCAUCGCAAGCAGAAUGCCCAAGCGCAUCAACCUCCGUGGUCAAAGCCUGGAGUGCAUUCUCCACUUGAUGUGUGCGGCAGAUGAACUUGCUGUGGUGGAUGCCCCGCGCAUGGUGCGGCUUGUCCUAUGGAGAACAGAUGGUGAUACUAAGCCUAUGAAUAUCAAGAUUGAUCGAGCACCUGAGCAUUUCCUCUUGUAUAUUGCAUUGCAGGCUGAGACAAAGGCUAGCCCAAGUUCCAUUGUCCCCAGCGUCAAGAUCUUGGCUUUAAAGGCAAAUUUUGGUGUCUUCAAGGAGGUCAAUAUGCUACCUAGCUUCCUCAGAUGCUUCCCAAACAUUGAUACUCUGCACAUUGAGGUGACCUCACUGAACGACCCUAUGUCUACUAUUGAUGGUGAAGCAACGGGCAGGUACCAUGGCAGGUUCUGGCGCGAAGCCCAUCCUAUUCAAUGUCUGAAGUCAACCGUCGAAAAAAUUGUUAUCCAUGAAUUCCGAGGGGACCAAAGCGAGUAUGAAUUCCUCAAGUUCAUCGCCAAGCAUGCAAAGAAGCUGCAGGCUUUGCUGCUGGUGUUGACCAGAGAGAAAUUUGCUUCAGCGGAAGAGGUGGCUAAGAUAACUCACGAAGUGGGGGCUAUAAGUGGAAGUAAAUGGGCAGCAGACAAAUGUUUGGUGUUGCUGGUGGGGCCUAAAGUAAAGAAUGUUUGGUCCUUCCGUAGAGCAUCUGAUCUAUCCGUGGGAGACCCGUUAAAGUGA